UUGAGUUGCGAAUUCCGAGUCUUGACCUCAAAGAGGUAUUCCUCUCGAAGCAGAGAACCAAUAAUAAUAAACAGGAUACGAAUAAUUUCCUUUUUGGUGAGGAAAACAAACACCUACCAUACCCUUCUUGUCUCGUUUUGUAUGUGUGUGAAGGUGAAUGUUCCUUUGGCUUCGGAAGAUUGUGUGUUUAGUUCAGCUUCAGGGAUAAAAAUAGAGUGGUGUUGUUUUUCCCGAGAGUUGAGAUUCAGAUUCAGUUUUAGUUUCAGCGACAUACAAAUAGAGUCCUUUUGGCGAUGAUCGGCGGCGCGGCGUGGCAGAUGAGAAAUUGAGGAUUUCACCAUCUCCAUUCUCCAAGUGUUUUCAUUAGAAGCGUGCUUGAGGGUUAUUUGGAUUUAAUUGCGUUCCUCGCGAACUCACAACAAACCCCAUUCCCUCCAUUAGUUAAGUGCAAACGGUUCACCCCUAUACCUUACCUACACCGUUUAUCGUCCUUGGUCGGCCUCGUCAGUCGAUUCGGUUGUCGUCUUUGUCGAGUCGUGCGUUCGUUAUCGUGUUGUCUAGUCCUGGGGGGGUAACUAUAGUUAAUAUAUCGUGAAACCUCUAGAGUUUGUUUGCACAAAUACAAAUACAAAUACACGUGCCGUGACUCAAAGGAGCACUUCUCGAAAAAGUCGUCCUCUUAAAUCCCGAUUGACGUUUGUAGGAUUCAUUCAUAUGCGGUUUUAGAGUGUCCUUGGAGUUUAAUAUUUGGUCCUUCAGACUUCAGAACAAGAGAUCGUCGGGUGUUUUAUUUUUUCGUUGUUCGCUUUGUGGAGAGUGGACUGACGACGACUGCAUUUAAUUUGGAGUCAUUAUUCUGUGAAUAUAAAUUUUGUGUGUUCAUUGUCGUGAGUCGUGGCCGGAGUGGGUUGUGGUGACUGGAGCUGGUUAGUUGGCUCUUUAUGAUGUCCCGUGGCUAAAAAUAAAAAAAAGUGCAAAUUUGAUUCUUCUUUUUCAGUACUAGUGCCAUCGGUGCUCUUUUCGAACUUCGAAGUGACGAAGUGGUUUUAAUGAAGUUUCUCUUUGUUCGUUUGCGGGCGAUGCGGUGUGAAUGAAUAUUAAUUGUUUCGAGUUGACAGGUGGUGGUGGUGUAUCUGCGGCAUCACAGAGAGAACUUCGUAGUUUGCCUUCGUAUUCGCACAUCAAAACUUAAAUACUAUAUACACUAUAGUCAGUUUGUAUACAAUAAACAAAAAGGGAUAAUUGUUUGCAGACAUUUAAGUUGGAUUCUCAGAAAAGCUGUACCUAGAUAUUACUGAACCAAAUGCGGUGAGGAUGAUUUUGUGGACGUAUACAAUUUGAAGGAUGAUUAAAUAAGGAUCAGUGACUAUCAAAACUCAUGAACUGACGCAUUCAUUAUUAUUAUAUCAAAGGGAAAAUACAAACAAAAAUGCUAACCAUCCAUGAACAUCGACAUCAAUCGACGACAACGUGACUUCAAGGCUCUGCUCCAGUUGCCUGUCUUCGUCCUUUUUGGUUUUCGUUUUAGUUAAAUCGACAAAUUCACGGUCUAUCGCAGUUGCUUCAAAAUCAAGGUAUCCAGUAUACUGUGUUACCUGCUGUCUGAAGGCUGCUGACUGUCAUCAAGGAGUUUUGAACACACACCGCCUGCCCUUCGCUCACUGAACUGCACCUUAGUCACUUUCUCUCUCAGAAUUCGAAUCCUUUGAAAUUUUGUCCCACAAAAUGUCCAUUGUUCAUCCAAAAAGUCAAUGGCAAUGGCUGCUGCUCUUGUUGCUGUCAUUUGUUCUUGUCCAAGCAUUCGAAACGCCAAGAGAGACACAAUGCGAACAUGACAGCAUUCCAGAUUUAAUUAAGUCAAGUCCGGUGAUCCUGAAAGCGCUCGGUGCACGAAUAUUCACCGAUUACGAAAGCUAUCCUUUCCAGGAUGAUAUUGAAAUCACCGAAGAGCUCAUAUUGAAGGCUCAGCAACAAAGGGAUGUGCCGUCAUCCUCGUCCUCGUCUGCUUCCUCGUCAUCGUCGAUGACAGCAGCUUCGGUGCUAGCAGCGGCAGCAGCUAGCAGAAGGAGUACUUCUGCCAGUGAAAGGAUCGAUGAUGGCGGUGGCGGUAGAAGUAGUAAUUGGAGGGCGAACAGUGGCGGCAAUCAUCUGGACGAUGAUAACGAAGAUGACGAUGUGUCCUUAUCGGAGGACUCUGUGCUGACAGGAACAACUUUCGACGGCAGUCAAUGGGCUACGGUUGGAGGUGGAAACAGUGAGUUGACAUCGACACUAAUCACAUUAACGCCCGUGACUAUAUACAAGGGAGCGUCAGCAUUGAAAAUCACCCAACAACCCGAUGGAAUGAGCGGCGCUGGAAAAUCGUCUUAUCAAUAUGAAGAACAAUUAAAUGCUACCCUAGAGCCAUUGGCGUGCUUCGACAGCAAUAUUCUCAAGCUGCUGCCAACCGAAAUAAUAGCAUUCGGAAAAUUGGUCAGUGACCAAAGGCCGGAUGUUUUACGAAUCAGCAUUAAUGGCCUACACCGAUGGAGUCCGCAAUUCGAGAAUCGCAUUUGGAAAUAUCUGGGUUGGGAUGAUUGGAGCGAUUUUACUCUUUGCAGCGUUCAAUGCGGCAAAGGUGUCCAACAACGAUUUCGACGAUGUCUGCUCGACAAUCCAAUGAUAAACAUCAACAUGAACAGCAAUAUGAAUGGCAAUGAGAUGCAGCAGAGACAACAGCAGGAGGAUAUGUUGGAUGUCAGUAGAAAGAGCAACAGCAGCAGUAGUAGCAGAAGUAGUAAUAGUAGUCCGACGUCAGAUGUGUCCAAUCAACAGAAACAACAUCAUAACCAUCAUCAUCGUCAAUUGCUGUUUCUCCAUUCAAGAGGAAGUAGCAACAGCAUCAGCGGCAGCAGUGUCAGUAGUAGCAGGAGUGGCAUCAGCAGUAGUAGUGGUAGCAAUAGUAAUGGUAGAAGUAGAAAUCAUUCGACCGGUUCGGAUAAGGACACCACUAGCAGCAGUUACAUCACAAAUGGAAUAAAAUCAACCAUCACAGGACGAAGAGGCAUUGCAUCAGGAGAUGCAGUAGGUAGUGGAGUAGCAGGAGGUGCAACAGCAACAGCAGCAGCAACUGACAGUAUUUCCUUAAAUAAAUUGAAGAAACGUAGGAAACGGAAGAAAGCCAAAAGCCUGUCAACAAUGUCCUGCGAAGGAUAUAACAUCGAACAGAGAAAUUGCAAUACAUUCGAGUGUACUGACGACAUAAGUGACUUAUUAAAAUUUUAUAAAAAGUUCCUGCCACUUGAAGAAUUACCAACUACUUUAGUGCCGCAACAGUCUGAAUCAUCGAUGGUGCAGCAACAACAACAACAACAACAAAUGCCAACAGUAUCAGAACUGGCAUCAGUAGGAGUUGGAGCGACUUUACCAUCAUCAUCUUCGUCAUCGUCAUUAUCGUUCUCCCUCUCGGCGGGUUCAAGUGUUCCUGCAGCGGCAUCGUCGUCAUCGUCGUCGGCAGCGUCAACAGCUUCUACAACACUUCUCCCAAACACCGGAUACAUAAGAAGCUGGAAAAAUUCGCUGAAUUUCACGCUAAUGAUCACAUUGAGAUUGAAGAAUGAUACAAAAUCCACAUCGACAGUAUUCUCCAUACGUAACAGCAGCCAUAACCUUUAUGUGGAAACCUCAGUCGACGGCCUAAGGCUAUUCCAGGAGCGAGAUAACACCACCGAAAUGUUACCUGUAAAAUUCCAAUUGUACGACAACCGCUGGCAUCAGGUUUCAAUCAGUUUUCAAAAUGGAGAUUUUAUAUCUAUUUAUGUUGAUUGCACAUGGACAAACAGUUUUGUUGUUUCAAAACGAUUGUUUUCGCUGCCAAACGAUGCUGAUGUUGAAAUUGGACGUGGAUUCAGCGGUGAACUUCAACAACUGCUUGUAUUGCCCGAUAACCAAGAACGCCAUCAAUGUUCGAAUGUUCGAACUUCAAUCAAUGAAGUAAAACGCUACAUUAUCGAUACAUUUAUUGAUGAUUAUGGAAACUAAAAAUAGAAUAUAUAAAUAAAACCAAAAACAAAUAUAGUUAAUAAAUUUAAAUUUUAUAGGCAAAAAGAAAAUAAUAUGAAAGAAAUAUAAGAUUGUAAGAAAAACAAGAUGCGUGCGCUAAAAUCAUAGGGGUUCCAAAAAUAAAAACAAACAAAAUCCUAUUUUAAAAAAGUUUUAAGGAUACAAAUAAAAUCAAAAUCAAGCAAAAUAAGACAGAAACAAUAAAUUCAAAAACAAAACUAUUAAGUCUUCAAAACAAAUACAAAUAUUUGAAGUUAAAAAAACCUAAAUCAAAUACUUGACAGAAUAAAAAUUAAAACCUACAUAUAACGUUAAACAAACAAAAACUAUUAUAGAAAAUAUCUAUUUAUAAAACAAAAAUAGUAAAAUGUUACAUAAGUUUUUGACAAUACGUUCUCUAUAAGUUGAAAUUUUGUGUUUUAAAAAUAAAUCUCUUAAAAAUAAAAUUCAAUGAAAUUUUCUUUUUUCAAGUUUAAAAUAUAAAACGAAUAAGAUUAAAUAAAAAGAAAUUGUAUAUUUUAGACACAUAUUCGGGCAGAAAUCAUAAAAAAUUCAUAUAAACAAAUGAUAAUGCAAAUAAAACCUAUACUAAUAAUAAAAUAUAGAGCAGAAUUCAUACUCGUUGUAAUUGUAUAAUUAAUUAAAAUUUAAAUAUAAAAAAAAAAAAAAAUUUAUUGAUAAAAAUAAUACAACAAAAAACAAAUCUUUUGCUCAAUAACAACAAAAAUCAAACAAAUUAAAUAUAAAAUUCCAACUGAACGAAAUAAAAAGUUUUCUAAUUUAUCCUGCAGCAAGAAGCUUUGGGACCGUGACGGAGCUGAUUGAAACGAGCAACAACAACAACUUCAAAAAAAAUUUAAAAAUCCUUUCAUUCUCAACUACACAAGAGGAUUCUUUUUAACUCUCAGUUUUUUUAUUUUCCUGAUCACAAAUUAAAAAAAGA